CGCUCCAGGGUUCGCAUUGAAAUGAAUGAGGCAGAAGCUGUCAGUAGCUCCAUCAGGACCAACACGCUCCUUUAACGCAGCAUUUCAAAAUUCAAUUACACAAAAAUCCCAGACGGAUCCCAUCCACUGCGAUACACAGAUCUCCACAGACAGCCAUGAAGCAGGCUCUGCUAGAGUUGAUGAGGAUGAACAGAAUCUGCCGGAUGGUGCUCGCCACUUGCUUAGGAUCUUUUAUUCUCGUCAUCUUUUAUUUCCAAAGUAUGUUCCAUCCAGUAAUCCAUAGGAAUCCAUUUGCAUCUGACGCCUGUUGUAGGAAAGGCUCACGGAAUGCCCUGCAGGAGCUGUACAAUCCCACCCAGCUGGAGUAUUCGAGCACUGCUGUUCUUCACCAGAUGCGGAGAGACCAGGUAUCGGAUACCUGCAGAGCCUACAACGCCUCCAGUCGCAAGCGGCGUGUUCUGACUCCCAGCGACCUCAAGCACUUGGUGGUGGACGAGGAGCACGAGAUGAUCUACUGUUAUGUGCCCAAGGUUGCCUGUACCAACUGGAAGCGGGUGAUGAUGGUGUUGACUGGGCGUGGCAAGUACAGUGACCCCAUGGAUAUUGCUCCCAGUGAGGCGCACAUCCCCUCCAACCUCAAGACUCUCAACCAGUACAGCAUCCCAGAGAUCAACCACCGCCUGAAGAGCUAUCUCAAGUUUCUCUUUGUGCGGGAGCCCUUCGAGAGGCUGGUGUCAGCCUACCGCAACAAGUUCACCAGGAAGUACAACACCUCUUUCCACAAGCGCUUCGGCACCAAGAUCGUGCGCCGGCAUCGCAAGAAUGCCACUCAGGAGGCCCUGCACAGCGGCAGUGACGUCAAGUUCGAGGAGUUUGUGGGCUACCUCAUCCACCCCACCACGCAGAAGGAGGAGCCCUUCAACGAGCACUGGCAGACUGUCUACUCCCUCUGCCACCCCUGUCACAUCCGCUACGACCUGGUGGGCAAGUAUGAAACCCUGGAGGAGGACUCCAACUACAUUCUCCGGCUGGCCGGGGUCAUCAACUACCUUCGUUUCCCAACUUAUGCCAAGUCCACCCGUACAACCGAUGAAAUGACUGCAGAAUUCUUCCAGAACAUCAGCUCCCAUCACCAGACGCAGCUCUUCGAACUCUACAAAUUUGAUUUCCUGAUGUUCAACUACACCACACCAAGCUACCUGAAACUGGAAUGAGGACUCAAGGGACUGGCUAUAUUUGGAAUUCUCACAUUGUCAUGGGGGCAGGGGUUUGAAUGUGUUGUAUUUGGCUUAAAGGGACUUGUUUUGUUCUGCUUGAGGAGCUCUUAGGCUCUUCAUUUGGCUUCUCCCAAUAACCCAAAUCCGUUGGAGAUAGUGAAGUUGGCUAAAGUAACUUUUAUAAUCUGGAGGUGAGGAGCAUUACUUUGGUCGUCGUUCCUCCAGGAAACUACUGAUGGCCAAUCAGUCACAUUUUCUCUGAAGCAAAGGACCUUGAGUCCAUUGUGGUAUCAAAAUACCCACGGUAGCAGCAGGUAUGCUUAAAAAAACAGAAUCCCUUUGUGAAACAGGCAACACCUAAAGAGGCCAUAAACAUGUCUAGCCAACAGGUCAUAUUUUGUACUUAAAUCCAUAAAAAAACAUAACUGUACAGGAUUUAAAAUUAGAACUCCACCCCAGUUGAAUGUAAAAACCAAAGAUCAUCGCUGCCCAGUUGGGUUUGCCAUUGAUGCAUCAUUUCUGGGAUCAGCUGACUGAAAAGAGAGAAAACUCAGUGUUGGGAAAAAACCAAAGGGUAAAUCUUCUCAGUGACCUAGCUAGAACUGUAGCAAUAGGAAUUCCAUGGUUAGAAUCAGACAUGCUAAAUAAAGCACCUAGCUCAGUUCUCCAAUUAUGAUAUUUUCUGCUCUAUUUGGUCCUUAGUGGUUAAGAACUCUGUUUUUAUGUAGUUCUCACUCGGAAUUAACAACUCCCCCUCCUUAUUAGCAUACCUUUAGGCACUCUGGUGAGGAUGUUUUUUUUUUUUUUUUAAAUGAAAUAAUUUAACAGAAAUAUUUAUCCCCUCAUUCCUUCAGUGAGGACACAUAUUAUGGUCCCCAAGGAACACUUGUUAAAAAUAGAUAAAGUAAACAAAGCACCUUAAUCCUACUACUGUUAGGAUAUUUACAUUUCAUCUGCUCCAAUAGCACAAGGCCUCAGCCAUGCUGAACAUACUUUACAAUAAUCAUUCCUAAAUAAGAAUGCUGAAAGUGAACUUCAGUACAUCUAAAAUCCCAUGGUUUGCACACACCAAACUGCUUCCUGCCCUGGAAACUUGAAAACAAGGGCCCCACAUACAGAUUUGGGGAGUCCCCUUAGAACAAAAUGUGGAAGAUGGCAGAGCCCCCCCCCCCCCUCCAGAAAGCCCUUAGCACCCCCCUGUUCCUCCACUAAAUACAUUUCAUUGCUGGUAGACAAGAGAUAAAGCACCUGCCAUUGUCUACAGUUAGAACAUUUCUCUGAGGACUGGAGGGAGGUGCUGAGGGACAGCGAUUUGAACCCCUGCUUUUAUGACUAUGCAUUUGUUUGUGUUUUUGUAAAUUAAUGAUUAUUAUUUUUGUUGGUUUUAAAAAGAGAUGCUGCGAGCAGCACACUCAGAAUUAUUUAAAUUACUUUAAAUGUGAGAAAGGACGGAUUGCUUUUUUAUUUUUAUUUUCAGUGACAGAAUUAAUAGAAUUUUGUUUUUAAAAUAACUUCUGGUACACUGUGUUGUUGUUUUUUUUAAGUAAAGUUCUUUUAUGAUACGUUCUCUGGAACAUGCUGUAAGUAAUGUUAUUUAUUUUUACUCAUAAUGGGACUGGUUUAACUGAUGUUACUGCCACAACGUAUCACACUCAUUAGGCUCUGUCACAAUGAAACAAUAGCUCUGGGUCUAAGAGAUCCCUCUCUAAUUUGGGACAAACAUUAAUUUUUAAAAAAAAAAAGCAGCACAGUUAUGAGCAGAAACAUUUGGUGACUGUAACAAACCAUUAAAACCUGCAGACAACUACCCUGCAGAGCUGCACAACUUCCAGACUGUUCCGACACCAAAUCAUGCUACACAAUAUUCUGUUCCUAAUAAAAAGUGCUAUACGUAAGACAUCACAGCACAAAUAUUCUCAAAGCUUGCCUCCUCAGUGCUGUUUUGAGACAGGGCCUUGUUAGAAUAAAAGACUGAUGCUCAUAAGCAACCAUAGUGACAAAAUAUGCCCAUCUUCACAACAUACUUCAGCAUCAUGUUCACCUGCUUAUACCAUUUGGGUGGAGUGGUGGUCCAACAAGUCAAAGGUGUUCAGGUGUAAAGUACACUUGUAACUACACAAUUUAGCUAUGGUUCAUAAAUUACAUCCUUUGGUUCUAAUAUUAUCAUAAAUUAGUCAAACUCCAUCAUCCCAAGAGAAAAUAUAUGAUAACAAUACAGCAAACAACUUCAUUUGAGGAAGGAAGUUAGGUGGAACAGCAGGUUAACUCAUUGGUCCCCUAUGGAGGCCGAGACCAGUUUAUGUGAAAUAAGUUUGAGAGACAUGAUUAAACUCAAAGGAUUUUCUUCUGGUGAAAGUUUUUUUUUUUAAAGAUACUGUAAGAAGUCAAUGUAAGGAUUGAGGUAUACUUCCGAGCUAUGAAUUGAUGAGCUCAUGACGCUCAUUAGGUGCACUAAAAAUAAAAUAAUUUGAGCUGAAAAAUGAUUAUCAAAAUACAGCUGUGUCUCAUUUCUCCUCCAUGGCAUUAUAUAUAUAUUUGGAGAAAGCACCAAUUAGCAGUUAAAUCUGGAAAACACAAAAAGGAAAAAACAUGUGGUUGAUGUCGUUGGUUACAACAACAUAACAUUUGUUUCAGAACGUUUAUAUAAAAACAAAAGAAAAAAUAGACUGGUUGGAUAGAUCCCAUGCACAAACGUUUAAAUAGAUGUUAAAAUGAACAGCCAUGCACAGUGUUUUGUUCCAGUGUUUUGUUUUUCUAUUCAGAUUUAAAGAGCAUCUUGUUAUGGGUAAGAACUAUCAGUUUACUUUGUCUCUGUUUCAGUCUGCACAUUCUGGUUACUUUUUAAAACGCAGCAGUUUAAACCUCCCAGGUGUCCUCAAUAGAUCUUAGAAUCGUAUCUGAACUCAUACAGCUGUACAUCAGAGUGUAACCAUUAACCUGUCCCCCUGCCCUUGUGCAUGGAAUAUAUGCCACAUUUGCUUUAAGAGUAGGAAAUACCAAGUGUUGCAGGACAACAGAUUAAUGCACUUCAUUCUAACACACAUACUGCUGCAUCUCUUGUCCUGAGUCAGUCCUUCUACUGGACAGUGAAAGAGCGUUGUGGCAGAUAAUCUCACUGAACACAGCCCCGAUUCAUCUGCUAAGGGCGUGUCUUUCUCAAUCUUUACCAAACUCUUAAUUUGUUUUAUGUUUGUCUUCUGUAAUAGAACGUGUUCGUGUGACCAGCAACGGUGAAAUCAGAUCGAUGUUCUCAAAUGCAAAAUACCAUCAGCUACUCUAUUAAAUCACAAAUCAAUGUCUUAUUGUUAUGCCUUUCAAUUGUAUUGUAGUGGGUUUGAUCACAAGCCAGUGUUGAUGCUAAGUGUCAUACUGAAAUGUGCUGGAAAGUUAACAAGCAAGUAGUUAAUAGUUUAAACCCAAAGAAACAUGCCUAUCUUCUACAUCAGUGGUACUCAACUCUGGCCCUCAAGAUCCAAUCCAGUCCUGGUUUUUACUCCAAGCAUGUUCUAAUGUAGUUAAUUGAAGCUGUUAAGAUGCAAUUAACUAAUUUAGGACCUGCUUGGAAUAAAGACCAGCACUGGAAUAGAUCUGAAGGGCAGGGUUGAGUACCACUGUUCUACAUCAUCCCAAAAUCUGUACAUUUAUGUGACAUGGAAGCUUAGAGUAAUUAGGGUAUGCAUUAGUUAUAUUUUUUAAGCAAGGAACUGGGGUGUAGUAUGGGAAACACGGACACACAUUGGGCAUUAACCUGCUCCAUUUUCGUACUGCACCCUCCAGUCUGUGCCUCCAGUCCUCUUAGCUCUCUUAGCACUGUGCAUUCCAAACCCACUAGGCUCCAAAUUGUCUCAAUACAAUGUUCUUAGAAGUGGGUAUUGAUAUCCAUGGAUCUUUAAGGUUUUUUUCGGUACAGAAUUAUAGUAGUUGUGGUUUAUUAAGCUUUUUUUCUGAAAUUAGCUAGUGUUACACAGGGAACAAAUACCAACAUUCACUGAACAACGUACUGCAAAAGAGGGAGCAAGGGGAGAGGGGGUGGGAGGAGGAGGGUCCUGUCCUCUCAGUUUUUAACUCUUAAUCAGCCAGAAAUUCUCUCUGAAGUGCCACACCUUCCCGGCUUUUGCUAUGAAUGUUCAAGUCCUGCUUUGAGUAUUUCUGGAACCGCAGGUUUCCAAUAAUAAAGCAUUUAAAAGCAAAAUAUAUUUUUUUUUAUAUUUAUUUUGUUUGAAUGCCAUUUAUUUAAAUUCAAAUUUCUGUCUUUUCUAUUUAUUUAUUUAUAUAAAAACACUUUAUGGUUUUGCGCUUAUUUAUUGAUAAUAAAUCUUUAUGCACUCCAUUUUGUCAGCAUGCACGUUAAUAAUGAUGAUAGCAUUGCUGUAAACAUUCUUUUGUAAGAGGAAGAAAAUGGUGAGUUGAGUAAGGACUGAUUAAGAGUUAAUUUUAGAAAUACUUAAAGAAACUUGGCAAUAUUCAAUGACAAACCAUUCGAAUUGAAGUCAUCGAGAUAGACGUUUUGUCAUUGAGUUUUACAAAGCUUCUUUCAGUAUUUCUGAAUUUACCACUAUGGAGUGUUUUACAGUAAUUGCUCAAACUAAGAGUUAAUUGUUUGGUGGCAUUGACCUGAGAGGGGCCACAGAGCCUGUGCCUUGUACCCGCUACAGAUUAUACACCUUUGGGCCAUGUACAGAAAACACUUGCACCAAUUUUAAAUAAAAUAAUAAACUUUAUUUAACAACCAUGUUUCCUAAUGUAUUUGUCUGUGGAACUUACAAAUAAAAGUGAAGAGGUCCUUGAGACCUACAUUAUGGGCUGUGUGACCUGAUAAACACUGAAAACCUGGGGAUGGUGGCCAUAGCAUCUCAUUAUAGUAACGUCCAUUGUCUUCCGUCCAUUAGGUAGAAUGCUGUCUUUUGGUAAAUACUACUCCAGAACAAGGUUGUGAAUGUGUACAUUUAUGAAAUGGAUAUUUUAUUUUUAUUUUAUUUUUUAAAAAUUAGUCGUUGCCAAUUUUUUUUUAUUAUUAUUUUCUCCCCAAUUUGAAAUGCCCAAUUAUUUUGUUAUGCUCAGCUCACCGCUACCACCCCUGCGCUGACUCGGGAGGGGCGAAGAUGAACACACGUUGUCCUCCGAAGCGUGUGCCAUCAGCCGCCCGCUUCUUUACACACUGCGAACUCACCGUGCAGCCGCCUCAGAGCUACAGCGUCGGAGGCCAACGCAGCUCUGGGCAGCUUACAGGCAAGCCCGCAGGCGCCCGGCCAGACUACAGGGGUCGCUGGUGCGUGGUGAGCCGAGGACACCCUGGCCGACCUAACCCUCCCUCCCCCCGGGCGACGCUCGGCCAAUUGAGCGCCACCCCCUGGAAGCUCCUGUCCACGGUCGGCUGUGGAAUAGCCUGGACUCGAACUCGCGACGUCCAGGCUAUAGAGCGCAUCCUGCACUCUAGCAAGUGCUUUUACUGCAUGCGCCACUCGGGAGCCCCCGAAAUGGAUAUUUUAAAUACUCUAAUCCUGAUUGGUCAAAAAAGGUCACAUGGGGGUGUUGAUAUUACAGCAUAUCACCAUGGCUUGGCACUUCUUUUCAAAAAGGGGCAAAUCACUGAUAAAUACCCAUACACCAGUAGAAUUUUGGGAGAAAAACAAUGGCAGACUGUGGCAAUGCGCCCCGCCCGUGUGCAUUUGUGUGUUAUGUGUUGUAUGGUGCGUGUGUUAAUGUUGGUGUAUAGUCAUUGCUAUACGGGAUAUAAACGGGUCUGUGUUUCACGUGUAUUUAAAAAUGUAUAAUUGUAUUUAGGCACGGGAUUGCACAUCACUGCACGUGCAUUUAAAGUAAGUAAUAUGCGCGCACGAGGUUGCAAGUAAUUAAUUCACGUGCUGGGAUUCAAGUGAAUAAUUAAUUAGUAAUUGAAUCCCAGCACAAUAGUAUAAAUAGAUGCACAUUUCAUUCACUCGGGGUUGGGUGUUCGUGAGUGGAGAACGGGUGUAGAGAGGAGGAGAACUGAAGAGAAAUAAAGAAUAACAAUUGCUACAGCGUGCUGGAAGUGCCAGCACGGUACUUGUUUAAACGUUCGUCCGCUUGUUUUGUGUGUUAGUGCGUUUUGUUUGUCUAUUUAUUUUGGCGUAGAUUGCCGUGUCCUGUUUUUUGUGUUCGCUUAUUUUGUUUAUUAAAUGCUGAGCACACCCAAGUGAUCAGUUUCACCAA